AUGGUUCUUGAUACAGAUAUGGAUUAUUGCAUCUCUUGCUCUCAUCUUGAUGCUUACAAUGACCACAGUUACCCUCCUCUUCCCAAGUUGGGCCUGCUGGGGAAACCUUUGACCUUUGAGUUGGCGGGUGACCCUUCUUGCUCCUACCAGUCUUCUACAACACCAGACCUCAGACUGGUGCCAGUUAAUGAGCUAAGCCUGUCUGCUGGACACCUGCAGCUGGAGCGCAGAAGCAGAGAUUUCACCUCUUCUGGGAGUAGGAGGCUCUACUUUGACACUCAUGCCUUAGUGUGCUUACUGGAAGACAAUGGGUUUGCUACUCAACAAGCAGAAAUCAUUGUGUCUGCACUGGUCAAGAUCCUGGAAGCCAACAUGGACGUCGUCUACAAAGAUAUGGUCACCAAGAUGCAGCAGGAAAUCACUUUUCAGCAAAUAAUGUCUCAGAUUGCGAAUGUGAAAAAGGAUAUGAUUAUUUUGGAGAAGAGUGAAUUUUCAGCCCUCAGAGCAGAAAAUGAGAAAAUAAAACUCGAACUACAUCAGUUAAAACAACAAGUAAUGGAUGAAAUGAUCAAAGUCCGAACAGAUACCAAAUUAGACUUCAACCUAGAAAAGAGCAGAGUAAAAGAAUUGUAUUCAUUGAACGAAAAGAAGCUGCUGGAAUUGCGAACAGAAAUAGUGGCAUUGCAUGCCCAGCAAGAUCGGGCCCUUACCCAGACAGAUAGGAAGAUCGAAACUGAGGUUGCUGGCCUCAAAACCAUGCUUGAGUCACACAAGCUUGAUAAUAUUAAAUAUUUAGCAGAGAAAAGUCCCCAGAAGAGACUGCACACUUAGCAAUUGCCCUCAUUAUCAAAGGCCUAGUAUGCCAAGCAGCUCAGUUGAAAGGCUUGACUCAAACCAGAAGUCUUGCUGGAAUUCGUCUCUGAACACUUGAGAAGCAGAAAGCCUGAGCCACAGCAAACAUGCCUCUGUGUGCCGGGAUAGCCUUUGUCUCCGCUUCCAUGUGGCUUUUCCCUUUGUAGCUAUGCUUAGUGACAUAAUCUUCCCUCUUCUCUUCUAGCCUCCUCCUUUCAGGCCUGUCUGUUAAUUAACCAUGUCAGUAUUGGCAAGCAAUUAUCUUCCCCCACCCUAACAUGUGAUCUUCUAAGAAUUGUGCAAAAUUCUAAACAAAUAUAGAGAUGUUAUAAUAGAAUUCAUGUCUAGAAAACUUUAAGUUCAUCAAAUUGGUUGUGGCUUUUUUGGCACUAAGGCAAAAACAUGUUAACCAGAAAUAAUUUAUUCUUCAUGUAUGUAAAAUAUUUGAGAAUGUUUAGCCUUUUAUUAGAAUUUUAUUUGGAAAAUAUUUAUCUUUCUACACAUUUUACACUUACAUUCCUUCGCUUAUAACCCAGUUUCUUAACUGUUUUGUUACUUAAGCAGAUAUUCAAUUAUGUUUUAUUAUCUAAUAAAGUGUAAGAUUCUUACUAUCUAAAAUAUUUAAUUCUGUGUGACUCAUACACUUUCCUGAUCAUUCAAAUUGAAUAUGAAAAGCUAGAAUAAGUGUAUUGCAACUGUUAAUUCCAGCCAAUUGUAUAAUGAUAACACUGAUGAAUUUGUAAGUAAAUCUAAUACUUGAAAAUUUGGGUAUACAUAGAAAAUAAAUUUUAAUAUAAUGUA